ACGCGCGACCUUGCGCUGCACACCACAUAGAAAUGAGCACCUGGCGGUGUCCCUCUGGGUGGGAUGUGUUUACUGUGGGGUUUUGGUGGGGUUCUGUGCGUAGAUGUCAGUAUGUGUGUAUGCUAAUAAAAGAGCGGCUCCCCGGCCUCGGGAGAUCGCAGAAAAAGGCGACUUCUGUUUCCGGCUCCUUACCCAAGCUAGCUUACGUACCAAUAAUAAUACCCAGAUAUAAAUUCACUACCAUGGCAGCAUGCUCAGUGAUGUCUUCUGUUUACAUGUUGUUUUUAAUACUGAGGGUGGUAGUGCGCAUGCGUGUGCACCGCAGCUUCUACUCACUGUGCACAUGCAGGGAAAUCUCAUAAUGUGAGGGGCAGUGCACUCCGGAGGGACUAGGUACUUGUUUUUCAGCUGCCCGUUUACUGUUUACACCCGCCUUUAUUCACAUCAUUGCACACCCUCGCGUUUGUCAGGGGCGUGUAAAUUUUGUUGCACCUGCUCUUUAAUUCACCGAGUGUUUGGACCGGAGCGAUGUCAGAGGAGGAGGGUAGGGUGGCAACAACAACAACACGGCGCGCUGCUGCUGUCCCGUUAGCAUCGCGACGUCCGCCGGUCCAUGUUGUUUAACCCAGCCGGGGACUACACCCUACACCCCUCGAGUCCAGUCCAGUCCGGUCCAGUCCCGUUUCGAGGCCCACCGUGAUGGCCGAGGAGGACCCCCAGCAGCAGCAGCAGACGGACCGCGGUGGGGGCAGACUGCUCGGCCUGCUCCCCGGGCUGCAGGGCGCAGAGGCUAGUGCUCUUCAGCUCAGGAUCAAGAACUCCAUCUGCAAAUCUGUUCAAUCAAAGGUGGAAAACAUUCUGCAAGAUGUUGAGAAGUUCUCCGACAUUGAAAAACUCUACCUCUACCUUAAGCUGCCCUCUGGUCCCAGCAGUAGCACUGAUAAAAGUGACCAGAGCGCCCUGUCAUCAAGCCGCACACAGCAGAUGCAUGCUUUCAGCUGGAUCCGCAGUCACUUAGAAGAAUAUCCAGAGACCUCUCUUCCCAAACAAGAGGUUUAUGAUGAAUACAAGAGCUUCUGUGACAAUCUUAAUUACCAUCCACUGAGCGCUGCAGACUUUGGAAAAAUGAUGAAAAACGUCUUCCCCAACAUGAAGGCGCGUCGACUUGGCAUGAGAGGAAAAUCAAAAUAUUGCUACAGUGGACUAAGGAAAAGGCCCUUUGUUCACAUGCCAUCAUUACCUACUCUGGAUCUUCAUAAACCAGGGGAUGGACUCCAGUGCGAUGUUCUAGACUCACCUGGCCAGCUAAGCAGUAUAAAGGAGGAGGUGCGAUUUGCAGCCUGCGAUCUGGUGUGUGAAUGGGCCCAAAAGGUGCUGAAACGCCAGUUUGAUGCUGUUGAAGAUUUGGCUCGCUUCCUAAUUGACAGCCACUGCAUCAGCAACAAGUCUUUGGCAGCUCUCACCAUAAUGACUGGCACAGCAACAGAGGUUAAGACGCCACCGGCGGUGUCAGCGUUUGUCCCAACUACUGAGGUUCACUCCUUCCAACCUCAUGUCGCCAUGUCAUCACCUUCUGUUGAUGCAAAGCAGCAGCUCCAGAGAAAGAUCCAGAGGAAGCAGCAGGAACAGAAGUUGCACUUCCCCAUACCUGGAGAGGGACCAACUAAGAGGGCAGAUGACAGUGUGCCUUGUGGUAGCCCCACCCCUCCGUCGCCUCAGCCAACCAUAGGCAUUGUGGUCGCUGCUGUCCCAAGCCCCAUCACGGUACAGAGAAGCAGGCAGUUGAUGUCUCCCACCCCAGGGGGAACAGUGGAGAGUAAGGUGCUGCCUAUUAACUUCCAAAUGGUGACACAGCCAGUUCAGCCGGUGAUGCACAGCCCCAGGACCCCACAAAAUAUUAUGUCCAGCCCAGUGGGAGAGCGCACUACUCGGCAGCGCUAUGCUCAGAUCCUGCCCAAACCUUUGGCCUCGACUGCUAUCACUUUGCGCUCGCCCUCCACCAUGAUCAUCACCAACAACUCCAUUAAGUCUGUGAUGACAACAUGUCAUGUCAGCCCAGUCAGUUUGGUCAAGAUGACAGCCAUAUCGCUUGCGCCCAGCAACAGCAAUACAACCACAUCCCUUAUAAACACCACUCUGCGGCCAGCCUCUGCAGGCAUGACCAGUUCUACAGUAGCAGAAGACAACAGCUCCAAUCAGAGCCUGAGGAGCACCUCUGCAGUCCCUGUUCUGGCCUCGGAGGCCAGGCCAGACCAGCCUACUAACACUCACAGCAUCGAUGUUGAAAUGGAAGUUGAAGCUCUUCAUAAAAACAGCCAAAUACAAAAUCCUUGCAGUUUGACUCAAGAACCAAUGGCAAACAGACCCAGAGGGGCUAUGCAGAGGGCUGCAAGUGUGCCCAUACCUCAGACUAAAAGCGCAAUGUGCCUGGAGGAAACAUCUAUCACUGAAAACAAUGGAAAGUCUUCCUCGAGCACUCACACUGUGGUAGCAGACGAGAGCAGCAAUACUAGUGCUAAUAAUACAAGCACUUUGCACUUAACUCCCUCCACUCAGAAUAACAGUGCUGUUUCCCUACUGAACACCAGCAGAACACCUUCAUUUGGGGAAAGCAGCAAUGUAACAUCAGCAAAGGAAGGUUUCUUGUCCACUAAGAGCCUCAGGAAACGCUCGGGUCCCAGCCCAGACCAUUCACCAUUGAAAAGAAUUUUUAUGUCCCAGCAGCCAGGUGGGGGCGGUGCUGGACUUGGAUAUAGCAUCACAAACACAGUUGGGAACAUUUCAAGGCAAGGGGUUACAGCUAGACCUGAAAGUGCACCAGCCACCAGGGAGGUGGAGUUGAAAAUGAACACCAGUCAAGUCCAUGCGCUCUGCGCUCCCUCUUCCAGAGCCAGCAGUUUUUACUCUGUUGCCACAACACACAACGCAAUGCAGAGGAAAAACGCUUCCACUGGUUUGGAAUUUGACACCUCAGUCAGUCACACAUUAAUACAGCAACAGCAGGCUCACGCAGUGGCUAACAUGCAUGUGAUACCAAAUAACCCCGGCCUCCAGAAACAUUCAAGUGUGAGUGAUGUUAGUUCAAUCUCAGCCAGAAGGAGCUUGGAAGGAACUCAACAACAGACUUACACUCAGUCAAACCCUGCUAUCGAACCCUUAGAGUUUUUGAAUCAAUCCUCAUCACCCAGUCAGCUCUCCAUGCAGACGGAUAUGGACUACUUUCCAUUUGAUGAUGAUGUGACUCAGGAUAGCAUUGUGGAGGAGCUGGUGCAAAUGGAGGAGCAGAUGAAACUGAACAUGCAGGAGUUUGUCACACUGCAAGGCCAACAGGCUGUGAUGCCGGACAACAUUAUGUCCACCAGUCAGUCCAUGACUGCUUUCUAUCAUGCUGCAAACAACAACAGCAACCCAAUCCAAACUCCAACACCAACACCCACUCCCACACCCACAUCAGAAAUGAUGGGGGGAGCCCAAGGCCUCACUGGAGAGAGUCCCUGCUCGCACAUCGCCUCCACCACCCCAGUGGACAGCGCACUGGGAAGCAGUCGUCACACUCCAGUUGGUACUCCACACUCCAACUGCAGCAGCACUGUGCCUCCCAGUCCAGUGGAGUGCAGGAACCCCUUUGCAUUCACACCUAUCAGCUCCAGCAUCACUGGCUUCUAUGAUGGCAGCACUGUCUCCAGCAGCCCUGUCAAGCCCAUGCAGAGGCCGAUGGCCACACACCCAGACAAGACCAGGCUAGACUGGAUGAAUAACAGUUACAACAGCAGUAGUGGGAGCUUUAAUAAGUCGAACAGUGGGAUGGGAAUCCUCCCCAGCUAUCAAGGCUUGCUAGAAGACCACUUUCAAAAACCUCACGCUUUCGCUGUCCCUCAUGCACGACACCAUGACAGCAAUUUUGGCCGUUUGACUCCCAUCUCGCCUGUGCAGCAGCAGGUAGCUAGCAUGGCUAACAUGACCAGGCAGGAAGGUUUUGCUGUGCCUGCACCUCUGGAUAAUAAAACUACCACUACACCUGCUACUAAUUUUCGAUGUCGCAGUGUGAGCCCUGCUGUGCAUCAGAGAAAUUUGAGUGGAAACACAGGAAACAGUGCCCUUCCCAAUAUCCCUCGUCCAGUAGUGUCUCCCUUUAACUCUCCUGUGACGCCUGAGGUGUUGAACAUCUUUGCAAACAGCCAGGCAAACCUUGGAGGGAGCAGCAUGGCUCAGAGGAGCCGUUCUGUGCCAGUCAACAUCAUGAUGCAAACCCAGGUUGCACCCACACCAGGUCAACAGUGCAGCGGCAAAAACAUUGCCAGUGUCCUCCUGAGCAAGCUGGACGGAGACCAUGACGACACCGUGCGGGGUCUGGGCAUCAGUCAUUUACCCUCCAGCUACACAGCACGUAUGAAUCUCACCCACAUCUUCGAGUCUGACCCCAGCCUGUCCUGCACUGGCAGCCACCUCAGCCUGAUGACCCCUGAGUCCACCAGCUCAUGCACGUUACAGAGGCCAAAUUACCUCAUAGAAAGUGCUAUUAAUGAACAAAUGAUUCUUUCAGCAGAUGACAGCCAAGUACAGUCAGCCUCUGGAGAGCAUCAGCGGGGCCAGCCUAUGUUGUUAACUAACUCAGAGCAGCAGCCAGAAGAAGUACAGCAGCAUCAGCAGCUGGAUUUCAGCAGCACUGUCAAAGACCUCCUGGCAGAGAACAGUCUCACUGCUGACAGUCCGCUCAUGGAACAGGUGUCAGAGCUGACAACGGCUGGCGCAGACUUCCCUUGUGAAAUCAGAAUGACAUCGGAACUUUCCAGUAGCAUCAAUGACCUUAAUGCACUGGACACAAACCUGCUGUUUGACCCCAACCAGCAUCAAGGGCAGUACCAAAACACUGCUCCAGAGGGGUUGGUGAAUAAUCCGCUGUUUCAGCAAAAUACCAGCGAGACGGCACAUUCAACUGGACUCGAGUGGUUAGAAGGCAAAGAUCAUCCAACUGUUGGGUUGAUGGGUUGAGAAUACAGCUUUUUAAAAUUGUAUCAAUCAUGUUAAUCUGCGGUUGCUGUUUGCUUUAUUUAUUUUCAGGCAUUUACACUUUAUAUUGCAACACUGGACACGUUGAGGUUUGUCCAGUUUAAGUGCCAGGCUGAACUGAAACACUCUGAUUAAAAUGCUGGUCAUUUCCCUUUAAUCAGAGAACAUCACCUCACAUUUUUGAUUAAGUGCAUUUCCAACACGUAAACAAAGGUUACUGGUGAUAAAAGAAACCAAUUUUAACCUGUCUGAAUAGACAGUGAUUUAAAAACAAAUUGAAGCAGAGCCACGGAUUUCUUAGAAUAAGGAACUGUGGAAAUGAAUGAAACAAAGCUAUUACAAAUAAGCCUUUUACAACCAUAUUUCUUUAUAUUAUUGUGUCUAAAACUUGUCCACUGCAGGCGUUAUUUAAAUAAUAUGUCAUCGCAUUUGUAUGCAAUAUAAUAUACUGGAAAACAUCUUUUUGGAGCUUCAGGUGUGAGUCUGGUCUCAGUGCAUUUUCUUUAGCUGAUCACGGUUUUAACGAGAUAUUUAAAAGUAUACAAACACAUUUUAUAGGAAUAUUGUUUUUUGACAAAAGCAUAAAACCAAAUUAAUCCAUUUAAUAUAAUCUUUUUAUCAGUUACAUUGAUAAAUGAUCUAAAGAGUUGGCAUGCAACAUAUAAUGGGAUGUGGAAUAAUUUAAAAUAAUAAAUCUAUUCUUAUCCUAAACAUAAUACUUCAUUUUUUGAUGGUUCACUUUGAUGAGCAUAUAAAGGUUAUUUAUUAACACUGUGGAAAUUUACCAGCACCAGAAAAGGAAGUGAUAUAAACGAUCAAUCUCUGAAAUUUUAUCAUUUUAUUAUCAGACUUUGAGCCUUUCAUAAUCAUAUGAUAUGAUGAUUUGACAAACCAGGUCAAAUUCUCUUUAUCACCAACACCCAGCUCAUAAACUUGUAGAGAAUGUCGGUAAAAUAACUGGACCUCUUUUUUCACAGUUCUUUAUUUUUAAAAGUCUCAUUUUGCAAAAGUUUGAAAAAAGUAGUAGUGAAUAAUCAUGAUUGUAAUAAUGUAGAAGAUUUGUUACUGUAGACAACUGUAGUUAAUUGUGUCAAAUUACUGCUACUUGUAGAAAAGGACUAAGACAUGCUAUUAUGUUGCAGUAGAGAAACUAAAUGUUGUAGAGAAUGUCACACUUGUUUUUAAAACAUUACGUGCGAUUUGAAUAUUGCGGCGAAGCUAUGGAGAAAAACUAUAACUGUUUCAUCCAAAGAUACGUUAAGAAAAAUAUGCAGUGUAUUAUAUACAAAAAAUGAGGACAGAUUAGUUUUGAAGGAAACAUCUGCAUUGGUGGUUCAGAACUACUGGGAAAAGGGAAACAUUUAUUUAAAAAACAAUUAUCUUCAGAAUUAAAAUAAACCCUUUUCACUGUGGGUUUUUGCACUUUUAAAGUAUGGAUCUUGCAUAAAAGAAUUAUGGCACAGCAAAAAUAAAAUUAAAUGAUCGCCACUUUGCUUAGCACUUGAACAAUGCAUUAUUUGUAACGUGUAAACUGAAAAUGGACUGAGUAGUUGAAAGUGUAAGGAACUUAAUACAUUUCCUAAUGUUGCACUCAUCAUUCUGCACUGACAAUCUGUAAAACUUGUUUAUUCACAAAAAUGCACUGUUUCUUUUGAGGGGAUAUUUUCACUGACUGUCUUGAGGACUCUGAUCAAAUGUGAAGGUCCAGCUCUAAAACUGGUGAUGAGCAGCAUGUAACGUGUCGCGCAUCCACUGUCCAUACCAAAGACUAAUGGUUAAAUACAACCUGCAACAACGUGCACUAAGAUCUUGGGUGUCUAAUAUAAGUCUCCUGUGUUAUGUUUGGUGACAUUCGUAGCAUCGGGACAAUAUUAAAGAUUUCUUUGUUUACCACUGUUGAUGCUUUUAUAAACCCACCAGGUACAUCAUGUUUUUAUGGAGGCAAAAAAAAACCCACAAAUUUAUUUAUGAACUGUUUAUCUGUGUUAGCAUUAGAUCCCUGAGUCACCUUAUUUGGUGUUGGUGUGGCCAGUUGUCCAGUGUGCUUUUAUUUUACUUACCUGUGUGUCAUUUGUACAGAAACCUUGCUGACUAGAUAAGUUUGUGUGUUCACAAUAAUCAUCUAUUAACCACGCAGUUAUGUUUUGUAGCAUACUUUCUUAGUGUUGUAGCAUAUAACAACACAUCAUACACAAUACUUCCUUUUUCAGUAGAUGAUUUGUCCAGUAUGUUGUGGCGAAUAAAUUCGGAAUUCAGCUUGUGAUCUAAAAGUUUUCAGAACUGGAUUUUGGCAGAAAAUGAGUCCCAGAAGAGACUUGCACAAGUUUUAAAAUGCAGAAAUAAGACUAUCCAUGAAUAUACAGUAUGUAUGGUGUAAAGUUAAUGCCACAGUGCUUUCAAUCUCUUUUGUUAGUUGUUUUAUACAGAUAGCAGUAGCUUCUUUUAACUUCUGUAAAAGCAGAUUAUUGUAAUAUAUGCUCUCAUGUUAAAUCGAAUUUAAUAUUGAGUAUUCUAGACAAAGGUUUCUUAUUUAUGUUCAGCUUUUGAAUCUGUUAUGGUCAUUUUGAUGUUUAACUUGUAUGUUUUGGAAAAAAAACAUUUGCAUUUAUUUUGUAAGCACUGAUGUUUAUGGUGAUGAAGACUAUACCCUUCCUCUUGUUGUAAGUGGUGCCAGAACUGUAAUUGUGUUGCUGUAGUUAAUGUAGAGGGGACUUUUUUUGCAUUUUAGCAAGUGUUUUUAUAAGGGGAAGUGCUUCUUGAUACUGAUUUUUAAAGACAUUUUAAAACUAAUAAACAUUUUUAAGUACAUCGGUAAGAGUUAGUGUUUCUUUAAUAUCUGUGAUUAGCAUCAAA